CGACCCUCAUCCCUACCCUCUUCCAGACGUUCUCAGGCAGACCAUUCGGCAUUCAAAAAAAUGACCAAGCGCACCAAGAAGGUUGGCGUCACCGGAAAGUACGGCACCCGUUAUGGUGCCUCACUGCGCAAGCAGGUGAAGAAGAUGGAGAUCCAGCAGCAUGCCCGGUACACUUGCACAUUUUGCGGCAAGGACUCUGUCAAGAGGACAGCUGUCGGCAUCUGGAAGUGCCGUGCCUGCAAGAAGGUCACGGCGGGAGGUGCAUGGACUGUGUCCACAACUGCUGCUGCAACUGUGAGGAGCACUGUACGCCGGCUACGUGACUUGGCUCAGGCAUGACAGACCCGCCCAUUAUUCAUCGACUAUACUAUACUGGUUGCCUCAUGUUUCUGCAUGCAUGACUUUCUACCUUUGUAUCUAAGUUCCCAUGCAAUGUUAUGAUGGUCCAUACG